AUGAGGCCCAUGCUAGGAGUGUCAGUGGUCGACGGCAAAGUCAUCUUCGAUGGUCUGGCCUGGUACAUCAUCCAAUGUCUGCAGGAGUCCCUCCGAUUCAAGUUUGAAACGCGCGACAGGACGCAGCUGCAAACGACGGACGAACAGAUCUGGUCCAGCCGACGUUCCACCGGCGAGUGGGGAGGUCCACUGGGAAUGCUGGAGCGAAAUGAGUCCGACAUCACGGCGCACCCAGUGAUACCGACGGCAGACCGCCUGACAGUCGGCACACCGCUACCAGCCUAUGUGUAUUCCAACCCGCGAUACUACGCCGGCACGCCCAACGCCUACAUGACCAGCGUGUUCGGAUACCUGAUGAGCUUCGACCUGGAGGUGUGGUUGGGAUUGUUGCUGUGCUGGCCUCUGGUGAGCGCCUUAAUCUCCUUAAUCGAAGCGGUGCGGUCUCCAGUGAACUUCAAGGACACCAUCAUGGACAACCUCUUUGAUAUCCUCGGGAUCAUGAUGUUUGAAGGCACUGUUCGACCCGUGCGUGACGUGGUUGGCCGCGUGAUCUUCGCUGUCUGGUGGCUGGCGAUUCUGGUGCUGAUGAACUCAUUCCAGGGCACAAUGAAGGCCAGCAUGAGUGUCAAGACGCCAACCGAACGCCUGGAGACAUUCCAUGACGUGGCCGAGAGGCCGUACCUCAAACCGAUCAUCGUACGAGGAACCACAUUCGAGCACCAGUUCAAGGUAUCGCCAGAACCGGAUCUGCAGAAGAUUCUGGCAACGGCACGCCGUCGGGGGUCCAUCCUGCCUGCCUCGGUGGUCCUCACUCGCGCAACGUUCGACGAGAUGAUCGCUCAGCGCGCCGUCAUCUUCUUGGAGGACAACGCGAUGCACAGCCUCGUCGCGGCCUUGUAUCCGCAGAAACCGGGACUGGGCAUCAUCUAUCCAGCCAUGCAGCACACCAUAUCGGCUCAGUUCGCCAUGUUCAUGCGGAAAACCUUGGAUCCGAAAGUUGUGAAACUUCUGCACACCAGAUGCCGUUGGAUGCACGAGUCAGGAAUGACAGAAAGGAAACGACUGCAAUUGCUGCCUCGCUCCUGGUACCUCACGCGGCCUUCCUCGUCUCAAGUGCACUCCCUCUCGACCGAGGAUACCGCGGCCCUGUUCUACAUGGUGUUGCUGGGGCUAAGCGUGGCACUGUCCGCGCUCGCCGGCGAAUUGCUCCUUCACCGCUUGAUCGGAACCCAUGGAACGAUUGGCGGCCUACGGACGAGACGCUUCGUCAGAAAACGACCUGCUUUGUGCUGAAAUGAGCGGAAGAAGGAUUGUGCGCUAAUGUGUAGUUCCGCGAAACGGGACGAUACUCGUUUGGUUCAUCGGGAAUGGUUUAUGAAAUGCUGCUGUUAAUUACACCACAUUUUAAUUUGAAUGGCA